AUGCUGCAUCCUUCUGCAACUAAUAGGGCGAAUAAUUCUGAUCUAAAUGACCUGCUAACUCUAAUUGAAGAAAAUGAGUCGAUGAAACUUUUUGAAACUAAUGAAAAUCCAAAUUUUCUUCAAGGGACGGAUUUCAUUAUAUAUACCCUUGAUUUCAUUUCCCGAACCAAUCUUCUUUCCAAAACCCGUUUCAGCGCAAAACAUUUGCACGAAAUUCUAAACAAUGAACAAGUAUCAAAUGGGCCUAUUUCUAGUGUUGUCAAGAGAUUCUUUAAAGCAGCCGAAGAUAAUGACGUGUAUUAUAUAAAAACCGUAUUAAGAAACUCCCUUGAAACAAUUUGCAAAUUUACUAUUAAGGAGCCAGCAGUGAUGCGUUUCGAUGUUAAUCUGGCUAAUCCACAUGGUGUAACGGCUCUUCAUCUUGCCUCGGUAAAUCAAAAUACUGAUGCAGUUCAGUUACUCCUGUCAUUUGGAGCUGAUCCAAAUUGCGUUACAUCUGAUGGAACAACAUGCCUAACGCAUUGUGUCAUGACUUAUUUGGAAAGGAACUCGAAUGAUGUCUCUCAAGGAACUCAUUUUAUAGAACUGAAAGAUGAAGACGGCAAUUUGUCCCUUUGGAAUAGAGCUGAACUUAAAUGGUCCCUGAAUUUCGAUUUUCAAGAAAAUUGCGAAUUUACAGAAAUAAGUGUUGAAAUCAAGGAACAGGAAAAUUCUGAAGACAUUGAAGAAGAAGGCUACAUUGAGACUCAAAUACCAGCUCAGUUUGAAAUGUCAGAGUUUCGAGCUCGACUGAAGACGGUAUUGUCGCUGCUUCAAGGAGGAGCAGACCCAAACAUUCGAUUCCAAAGAUUGCCUCCAUUAAUAGCGGCUGUCAGGGCGGGAGAUCUGGAAUUAGUCAAAUUAUUGAUUUACUUUAAAGCAGACGCAAAUAUCAAGACCCCUUCUAGGACUAGACAUUCACAUAAAAAGACAGAGCUAACUGAUAAAUGUGGCAAAGCAUACCAUGGCAGCCAGAGUGGACUUACGCCUCUUCACUUUGCCGCUGUUAUGGAAGGUGAUACGGGUGUUGAAAUGACUCGAAUUCUUCUCGAAAGUGAAGCCGAUCCGAAUAUAAGAGCUGACCCCGACGAGAGUUUUUAUGUCCCCUUUGAGAAUUCGGAGAUCCAGGUCAUGAAAUCAAAAUAUGACGGCGGCAGAUUGGCUCUGCAUUUGGCUUGCGCUAGAACCUACGACAAGAAUGUAGGCUCCCUGAAAAUUGUCAAAAUGCUGAUGGAUAGCGGUGCCGAUCCAAAUCUCCUUUGCAAUGGACAGAGUGCUCUUAGUUUGUCUAUUGUGACGGCGAAUGAAGAGGCCACAUUACUGCUAUUGAAUUAUCCCAAAACGAAACCCGAUCUGACAUUAAGUAAUGGCCUUGGCUCUCCUCUCUGCUUAAUUUUGCACCCAAUGUUCGAGCACAUUCGAAGUCAUGAGAACCGAAUGCAACUUCUAAAGGUGCUUAUUCACCGAACCCCUAGCGGGCUUAUUGGUCACCAAGUUAUCAGUCCAGAUGGAAUGACUGAAGGAAAUAUUGUUGAUUACAUUUACUAUUGCUAUAAGAACAAUGUUUGUCAAGACGAAAGCAAUUAUAUUAGUAGAAAAAUAUGGAAGGAAAGACGAGAAACUCUAAAAUUUCUUGCUAAAGAAUUAAGAGAAUCAGUAUUCCAAUCCGAUGCGUGGAAACAGGCGAAGAACUUAGCGCAAAUGAAUGAACUGCACGAAUCGUAA